AUGUCGACAGCUACUCCUUCUACAUCUACUCGCAAGCCAAUGCCCUCUGCAUUGACUUUUGAUUUACAUGCAAAAUGCUCUACCACCAAAGCCCGAGCGAGCACGCUACACCUACCUCAUGGCUCCGUCCCACUCCCGAUAUUCAUGCCCGUCGCUACUCAGGCCUCCCUCAAAGGCUUGACGUAUGAUCAAUUGAAAGAUACCGGCUGCAUGCUCUGCCUGAAUAAUACAUACCAUCUCGGUUUGAAGCCUGGGCAGGAGGUAUUGGAUCUUGUCGGUGGAGCACAUAAACUGCAGGGUUGGGAUAGGAAUAUAUUGACGGAUAGCGGUGGAUUUCAGAUGGUCUCCUUACUGAAGUUGGCUACUAUCACGGAGGAAGGCGUAAGAUUUCUGAGUCCGCAUGAUGGCACACCGAUGCUACUCACACCCGAACACUCCAUAGCUCUCCAAAACUCGAUCGGCUCCGACAUCAUAAUGCAACUCGACGACGUUCUCGUAACCACAUCACCGGAUCACGCGAGAAUGCAAGAAGCCAUGGAACGAUCUGUACGAUGGCUCGACCGCUGUAUCGAUGCGCACAAGUAUCCCGAACGGCAAAACCUGUUUUGCAUUAUUCAAGGCGGUCUUGAUCUAGAAAUGAGACGGAAAUGUUGCGAGGAAAUGGUUGCACGAGAUACGCCGGGAAUUGCGAUUGGUGGUUUGUCAGGUGGAGAGGCGAAGGAUGAGUAUUGUAAAGUAGUUGACACUUGUACUGGACUGCUUCCAGAAAGAAAGCCAAGAUAUGUGAUGGGAGUGGGAUAUCCCGAAGACCUUGUCGUGUCCGUCGCAUUAGGCGCAGAUAUGUUUGACUGCGUAUGGCCAACGCGGACUGCAAGAUUCGGCGCCGCCAUCACCCCCUACGGCGUCCUCAACCUUCGCAACAAAGCAUACGCGUAUGACUUCACCCCCAUCCAAGAUGGCUGCAAAUGCACCUGCUGCCGACCCAAAUCCGAGGGCGGAUUAGGUAUCACAAAAGCAUAUGUCCACCAUCUAGCCGUGAAAGAAACUGUCGGCGCUCAUCUCCUCACGAUGCAUAACGUUCAAUACCAACUUUCACUUAUGGACUCGAUCAGACAAGCUAUUCUAGAAGAUCGAUAUCCAGCAUUCAUUCGCAAGUUUUUUGAGAAUUAUUAUGGGUCACGAGAUAAAGCGCCGCAAUGGGCUGUUGAUGCUUUGAAGAGGGUGAAUGUCGAUCUCUUGGCGGAAUAA